AAUGGAUCCACCAGGCUACCUGGAAGAUGAUUUCUCUAGCCUGGAUGGACUGGAUGAUGAUGUGUUCCACUCUGACGACUGUGGACUUGCCAGUCAGCCCAGUGAGAUUACCUUUCCUGGCAUUUUCACACAGAGCCAGUCUUACAGCUGUCUGCUAGGGAGGUUCCAACUCUUCCCACUCACUCACUGUUGUGGUCCAGGAAGCAGGCAUGCCAAGCAGCAAGACAAGGCUACACAAACACUCAGUCCAUCCUCUUCCAGCCAGGACGUCAUGUUACCUUGUGGAGUGACUGAACAGCCACAGAGACUUUUUUAUGGGAAUGCUGGGUACCGUUUACAUGCCAACCCAAUUGGUUUCUCAUUGAAUCCACACCUCCAGGAGGAACCUCAGGAAAACCCACAAGAACUGCGUACUGAAGUUCAGAUUGCUCGGAAGUUACAGUGUAUUGCAGACCAGUUCCACAGGCUUCACCUCCAGAGGCGCCAGCAGAACAGGAAUCAUGUCUGGUGGCAGAUCCUUCUUUUCCUUCAUAACGUGGCCUUGGACAUGGAGGCAAAUAGACACCGUGCAGCUCGGAGGUGAGACUUGGCCAGCCUCUUCCAAGUCACAUCCAGUCUGCUGGGAGCACUGAACAACUUCAGGGCAGAGAUGUGCAUGCUGCUGGAUGGACUUGAGCUUCCUGUGAAAUG